GCUGGUGGUGCGGCUGGACUAUCAGUUGACAUUGCGUUGUAUCCAAUUGAUACGAUUAAAACACGAUUGCAGUCGUCCGCUGGAUUUAUUCGUUCUGGUGGUUUUCGUGGUGUGUAUUCUGGCUUCUUCUCCAUGGCUGCUGGUUCAGCUCCAUCUGCUGCAGCAAUGUUUUUCUCGUAUGAAUUGAUGAAAAAUAUUCUGGAGCCUACAGCUCCUGAAGAAUAUCGGCCAUUCAUCCACGUGAUAUGUGCUUGUGUUGGAGAAACUUGCGGAUCUUUUGUGAGAAAUCCUUUCGAAGUUAUCAAGCAGCGUGCUCAAGUAGAGACUAAUCGGAAUAUCGCAGUUCUUUGGAAGGAAACUGCUAGAACAGAAGGUUUAAAAGGAUUUUACCGUGGAUAUGGAAAAACUAUUAUCCGUGAUAUUCCGUUUGCCGUAAUAGAAUAUCCUGUCUGGGAAUAUUUGAAGAGAAAAUGGUCAAAGUAUCAAGACAGACCAAUCGAAUCGUGGCAGUCUGCUGCAUGUGGAUCAUUAGCUGGUGGUUUAGCAGCUGCAUUAACAACUCCCUUGGAUGUCCUUAAGACUAGGGUCAUGCUAGCUGAGAGAAAAAGCGCUGAUGCCAGCGGCAAUACAUUUUUGGUCCUGCGUAACAUUUGGGAAAAGCAGAAAUUUAGAGGCUUAUUUUCAGGGCUAGUGCCUCGUGUCACUUGGAUCAGCUUAGGUGGCGGUAUUUACUUUGGUGUUUAUGAAUGGUGUAAAAUAUCCUUUAAUAAACAAACUAUCGUAUGA